GAAGCCGCUCCUAUAUUUUCAUGUUUCCGGCAGACAUAUUGCUUACUGGAGCAAAUUCUGGAAAGCUAGCAGUGGGGAAGAGGAUUUGAACUUGAUAUACAUCUUCACGGCGUACUAUACUUAAAACACAAACUCCGCGAUGGAACCGUCAGCCAGUCCGGCCAAGGACAACUACAGGAUGAACCGCUACAAGAACAAAGCACUCAAUCCAGAGGAGAUGAGGCGCAGGAGAGAAGAGGAGGGCAUCCAGCUCAGGAAGCAGAAACGAGAGCAGCAGCUUUUCAAGAGGAGAAACGUGGACGUUCUCAAUGAAGAGGAGGUCAUGUUUGAGAGUCCGCUGGUGGACUCGUACCUCAACUCUCCAGCAACAGAAGGGGUUAUCACCAGAGACAUGGUGGAGAUGCUUUUUUCAGAAGACCCAGAGCUACAGCUCGCCACAACACAAAAGUUCAGAAAGCUACUCUCCAAAGAGCCCAACCCACCAAUUGAUGAAGUCAUAAACACAGCCGGUGUGGUGGAAAGGUUUGUAGAGUUUCUGCAGAAGAGCACCAACUGCACACUACAGUUCGAGGCGGCCUGGGCCCUGACCAACAUCGCCUCGGGAACGUCCCUGCAGACGAAGACGGUGAUCGAGGCCGGAGCCGUGCCCAUCUUCAUCGAGCUUCUUAACUCAGACUUUGAGGACGUCCAAGAACAAGCAGUGUGGGCUCUGGGUAAUAUAGCCGGGGACAGCGCCGUGUGCAGGGACUAUGUGCUGAACUGCAACAUCCUCCCCCCGCUCUUGUUGCUUUUGACCAAAUCUACUAGACUGACGAUGACCAGGAAUGCAGUAUGGGCUCUGUCUAAUCUCUGCAGAGGCAAAAAUCCUCCACCUGCUUUUGAAAAGGUGUCGCCCUGCCUGCCUGUACUGUCCAGGCUGUUAUUCAGCAGCGACCCUGACCUGCUGGCAGACGCCUGCUGGGCUCUCUCCUACCUCUCAGACGGCCCCAACGACAAGAUCCAGGCUGUCAUCGACUCCGGCGUCUGCAGGAGGCUCGUGGAGCUGCUCAUGCACACGGACUAUAAGGUGGCCUCUCCUGCCUUGAGAGCUGUCGGGAACAUCGUCACCGGAGACGACAUUCAGACGCAGGUGGUGUUGAACUGCUCCGCCUUACCCUGCCUGCUGCACCUUCUCAGCAGUCCUAAAGAGUCCAUCCGUAAGGAAGCAUGCUGGACCAUCUCCAACAUCACAGCUGGAAACCGAGCACAGAUACAGACGGUGAUUGAUGCCAACAUCUUUCCAGUACUAAUUGAAAUCUUGCAGAAAGCAGAGUUCAGAACCAGAAAAGAAGCUGCCUGGGCCAUCACCAACGCCACAUCUGGAGGAACACCAGAGCAGAUCAGGUAUCUGGUGAACCUGGGCUGCAUCAAGCCUCUGUGUGAUCUGCUGACCGUGAUGGACUCCAAGAUUGUUCAGGUGGCUCUGAACGGGCUGGAAAACAUCCUGAGGCUGGGCGAGCAGGAGGCCAAGCAGGAGAACAACGGCACCGGAGUAAACCCCUACUGCAGCCUCAUCGAGGAAGCCUACGGACUAGACAAGAUUGAGUUCCUCCAGAGCCACGACAACCAGGAGAUCUACCAGAAGGCGUUCGACCUGAUCGAGCGCUACUUCGGCGUGGAGGAUGAAGACAGCAGUCUAGCUCCUCAGGUGGACCAGGCCAACCAGCAGUUCCUUUUCCCUCAGCAAGAAGCUCCAAUGGAUGGCUUCCAGCUCUAAGUCUUCCUAAGUAUACCACUUGCCCCUGUCCCACCUGUAUAACCCCCCCCCCUUCUGUGGAAAGGCCCCAUGAUGCCCGAGUCAUGCCACUGUGCUCUCUCGCCUGAUCUCUCCAAGCGCGCGCACACACAACACCCGCCCUUUGGAGGAAAGCUUACGCUGUCGCCCCCCGUUAAGCCCUAACCCCAACCCCCCACCCACCCCCACCCCGAAUCGGACGAAUCGGUCACAGGGCAGGCUUUUCUUUUCUCCCGGCCACUGGGAGCACUUCUCACAAACUAAAAACCAGGAGGGGGAACUGAUCGGCUGAAAACCUAAAGCAGUUUGAAAACGCGCGCCCCCCCGGACCGGCCUUCCU